UUUAACGAACUUUCGUCCAGUGAGAGGCUGUUCCUGGGUUUAUAAACAGAUAGUGAGAUACUGUUCCUGGGUUUAUAAACGGGCAGACUCCGUCUUGUAUUACAACAUUAGUUAUAGAAGUUGACAACUGUAGUGAGUGCUGUUCAUCGAUCUUCCAGAUCCAAAGCGUCAGACCCAAAGCGUAGAGAAGUCUGACUUGAACAUAAGAGUUUUCCAAUGAAGAAGGCAGUUUUGUUUAGUUUAUGGGGUGGUGUUGUGACCCCUCACCUUUCCAAGACUUUUCAGAAAUUUGAGGAAACCCAUAAUAUUCCAAGGGGUUUAUUAGAAAAUGUAAUUGCAACACCUGGCAGUAAGAAUGCUCUGUAUCGUGCAGAAAAAGGCAAGAUUACUCUGACUCAGAUGAUUCCAGAGUUUGAAGCUGAAAGUCAGGAGGUGGCAGCCGAUCAGUGUUUGUCUUUACCUGCCCAGUUCUCAGCUGAGAAACUUUUCGAUGAAAUUAGGCAGGUGGAAUUCAACAAGCCAUUUCUUGAUGCUGCAGCUGUGCUUCGUCGCCACGGCAUUGCCACCUGUGUCUUGGCCAAUAUCUGGGUGGAUGACACUGCUCAAAGAGCCCGUAUCGCUAGGAUUGUCUCUGUUCUGGAGAGCCGUUUUGACCUGGUUGUUCUAUCUUGCCAUGCUGGUGUCAGAAUCCCUGAACCUGAAAUCUUCAACAAUGCUCUCGAGAAACUAGAUGUUAAACCUCAAGAAGCGAUCUGGCUGGAUGUUGGAGAAGAAAGUAUCAAGGCAGCUGAAGGUUUGGGAUUGACGGCUGUUCAGAUCGACGACAUCACUGAGGCUCUUAAAGAAAUCAAGAAGCUUACAGGAAUAGAGGUCAUCAAUGAUGUUCAGCCAAUGGUUUGUGAUCCUGAAAAGGUCACCCAUGGAUAUGUAAAUAUUAAGCCUGGGGUGAAGAUCCACUAUGUGGACAUGGGAGAUGGGCCAUCUGUUCUCCUUUGCCAUGGGUUCCCUGAAAGCUGGUUCUCCUGGAGGUAUCAGAUUCCAGCUCUGGCUGACGCUGGUUUCAGGGUUCUGGCUCUUGACAUGAAAGGUUACGGUGACUCCACUGCACCACCAGACAUUGAGGAAUACUCUCAAGAACAGAUUAUGCUGGAUCUGUUGACAUUUCUGGAUAAGAUGGGCAUUCCACAGGUCACUCUGGUGGGUCAUGACUGGGGUGGUUCUCUUGUGUGGAACAUGGCUCAGUACCAUCCUGAGAGAGUGAGGGCUGUGGCAUCUCUCAACACGCCCCUUUUUCCUGUGGAUCCAAAAACCAACCCAAUGGAGAAACUCAAGGCCAUGCCAAUCUUUGACUACCAGAUCUAUUUCCAGAAGCCUGGUGUUGCAGAGGCAGAAAUGGAGAAAAACCUUGAGCGAACCUUUAAACUGAUGUUUUAUGCAAGUCACGAGACUGAUACACAUCCUAAGUUUAGUAGUGCUGGGGUCUGCCAGAGAGGUGGAUUGUUUGUGGGCUCACCCGAUGAUCCGCCCCGCAGUGCUAUUCUGAGCGAGUCUGCUCUGCAGUACUAUGUUCAACAGUACACCAAGAGUGGCUUCAGGGGGCCUCUGAACUGGUACCGUAAUGGGGAGAGGAACUGGCGUUGGAUGUGUUCCAGGCCAAGGGGCAAGAUUAUGAUGCCAGCUUUAAUGGUGACGGCAGAAAAGGACCCUGUACUUCUGCCCGUCUUUGCUACUGGCAUGGAGAAUCUGGUUCCCAACCUCACGAGAGGCCACAUUGAGGAGUGUGGACACUGGACUCAGAUGGAGAGGCCUGCAGAGCUGAAUAAAAUCCUCAUCUCCUGGCUGAAGGAAACGCAUCAGAAAGCCUCAAUCCCAGUUCAUCCGAAGUUAUGAGCCAACAUCAUCUUAAUUUAACUAUAUGAUUGUUGGGCCAGCCCAGCUAACUGCGUACUAAUGUCAUGGCUUGCUAAUUACCUAAUAAUAGACCAUUGUCAUUUCGAGUUGCUUUAGUGAAUUUUAAUGGUCCUUUGCUUCCAAUUAAGUCUUUUACUCUGCAAUAACAAAGAGCAUAGCUCUCAAUUAUGCCAGUUUUUGUAAUGUAAUAACAGCUCAUUUUUGUAAAAGAAAACCAAUAAAGUUUGAUCCUCUGCAUUGUAAUAAACCAAAUCAUACUGAUUUAUAAAAGAGUGUUCAUAACACUAUUGAUAACAACUCAUACUCGAACAAUAGUGUUUCAUUGCCAUCUUUACUUAGUAUCAUUUUUUCAGGGUCAUCAUGAAGAAACCUGAAGUCUCAACGCUUCCACUCUUAACUAGAAUGGUUAUAGGGAUCUCGCUGUCAUUUCCUGAGGCAUAGCUUUGAUUACAGUCACUGUCCUUAAGGACAGAGCUGAUCUCUUUGUUAAAGCAGUAUGAUUGCCUUGACCUGAGAUUACUGUUUUAUAAUGGAGUGUGGAGAGGAAGUAGAACCACUGUGGCUGCUUCAUUACAAAGUAAGAAAUUAUUUCAGAUACAAAGGGGUAAUUUUUUGCAGUAACAAGCAAGUCAAUGUUUCAUAAAGUGAUAUUCAUGCUGCUUUCAUUUAGCCUUGAAAUAUGUUUUAAGUAUCCAUUUUUUUACUGUAACUACCCUAGAAAGGAUUUUUAGGCAAUGUUGAUUCAGGUCAUCAGUAAUGACAGUAUUUUAUUUCUGAAAUUGAGUCUCAUUUGGGUUGAAACAAAUUCUCCUUAAUUGCCAAUGAUAGAUAAUGAUAUCAAUGUGUAUAAUGAUUUCUUUUAGCUGUUUUAGGACAAACACUGUAAAAGAUGUACUUUUAUGCAACCAGAACACCCUAGCAACUUAGUAACGCACUAAAAACCACACAGAACACCUAACAACAUGCUGAAAAACACAAAGUACACCUGUGCUGAAAACCACAAACAACACCUAGCAACAUAUUAAAAACUACAAAAAACAACUAGCAACAUGCUAAAAACCACAAAGAACACCUAACAAAAAACUAAAAACCACAAAGAGCACCUAGCAACAUGCUAAAAACCACACAGAACAAAUAGCAACACACUAAAAACCACACAGAACCCCUAGCAACAUGUUAAAAACCACACAGAACAAAUAGCAACACGUUAAAACCACAUUGAACACAUAGCAACAUGCUAAAACCACACAGAACAAAUAGCAACAUGUUAAACACCACAAAGAACACAUAGCAACAUGCUAAAAACCACACAGAACAAAUAGCAACAUGUUAAACACCACAAAGAACACAUAGCAACAUGCUAAAAACCACACAGAACACCUAGCAACACAAUAAAACCACGCAGGUCCCAUAGCAACAUGCUAAAACACACAGAACAAAUAACAACAUGCUAAAAAUCACAAAGAACACAUAUGCUAAAACCACACAGAAAACCUAGCAACAUGCUAAAAACGCACAAAAAAACACCUAGCAACAUGCUAAAAACCACACAGAACAAAUGACAACAUGCUAAAAACCACACAGAACCCCUAGCAACAUGCUAAAACCACACAGAACAAA